AUGUUAUAUGGUUUACUAACUUUGGCGCCUUGUUCACUUUUAAAAACGCUCAUUAAUCUGUGGUACCUAGACGACGGUGUCAGUGCAGGUAACCCGCCAACAGUUCGCGACGCAUUGUUGGAACUCCGCGGAGCGGCCGCUGAAAUUGGUCUGGAACUAAACACGAAGAAAUGCGAACUGUACAUAGACGGGGGAAGUGCCAACGAGCGCGCGGAAGUGGUCCGGAUGUUUAUGGACGUGGCACCGGAUAUACGCGUCGUCACGCCGGACAAGCUAGAGCUGCUGGGAUCUCCUCUAUUACCGGAAGCAGUUGUGGGCGCGUUGAUGAAGAAGGUCGGUCAAGCACAAGUGCUGGCCGACCAGCUCGAAUGUUGGCAAUACCCGGAAGCGCUACAGAAGUUUGAUGAAACGAUACGGACCAAGGCGGAACAGCUGACAAAUGUCGCAAUGACUGAUACGGUAUGGGAGCAAGCUGCGCUACCUACGAAGUUCGGCGGGCUGGGUUUGGUGAAAGCAGCAGAUGUGGCGCUCGCUGCUUAUGCCUCAUCGUUGCACGGAGUUGCCGACGUGGUGUACAGUAUUGUCCGCAGUAACUCUAUCCGAGAAAAAUGUACGCGCCUUACAGAAGUAUGGACGAGUCGCUACACGACCGAAGCCCCAGAACCGAAAACCGCCGCUUUCAGUCACGGACAGCAGUACAGCACACUAGAACUGCGACCCGCAUGGUGGAGAACGCCGACGUAA